UGCUUAUCACCCUCAAUUAGCUUAUUGUAUUGUACAAUUUAUUGACAAAGAUCCAAGCUUAACAGUUGCUGUAGUUAUGGCUUUGUUAAAAUAUUGGCCUAAAGUGCAUAGUCCUAAAGAGGUAAUGUUUUUGAAUGAAUUGGAAGAAAUUUUGGAUGUUAUUGAACCGACAGAGGUUUAUUUCUUUAAUUUUUAUAUAGUCAAAGCUCAUUAUAAGUUACCCCUUAUUUUGAAAUACGUUAUUUAA